GUACUAGUUUUUCAAAAUUAGUAAAUACGGAGUAUGUUCUUCUUGCUCAACAAAGAAUAUUCCCUCUCGCACAUCUCAAGAAAUCGACGUGAAAUGGCCAAUUCGAAACUGACAAAGAAGAGAAGGGUUUAUUUACUCUUCGCAAUUGUUGCCUUCAUCGGUCUGAGCAAUGCAGCCGAAAGAUGCAGGAAGUUGGCAGGCAAAGAAACUUCAUCCAAGACUGGGCAUUUCAACAUAAUGUAUUGUUUAGAUGGGGGAAGUGGGAGCGCCGUGUGCGCGGUCAAAGAGGCUGUGAAGCUCUAUGUUUACAGCAUCCGAACCUCCCAUGUUGAGAGAGCAAAGAGCAUAGCAAUGGAAGGUGCUAUGACCGACGCUCUAUCCCAAGGUAUGUCUGUCAAACAAGCAAACAAAGAGGCCCAGAAAGCGGCUUCGCGGGCCGCCAGGAUGGCGACCCGCCAAGCGGACCGCAUUCUGGGCCCCAUCGUUUCCUCGGGGUGGGACCUUUUGGAAGCGUUUUACUUCGGGGGUAGUGUGACCGAAGGGUCGCUCCGAAGCUCGGGCACUUUGAUUGGCACUUAUUUGGUUGGGUUUCUUGGGGAGCAGAGCCAAGUUGUGCAGAAAAUCCUCCAUCUUUACCACCAGAUUUCGAAGCUGGACAGCCUCAAACCCUCCAAAGAUGUCGACACCUUGUUCACACAGCUUGUCCACACCUGCAUCCCCCCUAGCCCCGUGGACGUCUCCGCCCUCUGCUCCGUGAUCCAGGAGAAGCGGUCCCACCUCAUCCGCCUCUGCGCCGAAGCCGAGGGCCUCCUCGAGUCCCACUACUCCCGCCUCCUCGCCUCCCUCCCGAACCCCCUCCGGAGCCUCGCCCUCUUUCCCUACUAUGACAACUACCUCAGGCUCGCCGAGCUCGAGUUCGGCCUUUUGGCUGGCCACUGCGGCACUGGGCCCGGACGCGUCGCGCUGGUGGGGUCCGACCCUGAGCUCUCGCGGCGCAUGGCGUUCCACACGGGGGACAUCAUGGACGCCACGUCGGAGCUCGGGGGAUAUGGUGUCGUGUUCCUCGCGGCCCUGGUGGGGAUGGACAAGGAGGAGAAGGGCCGGGUCGUCGAUCACCUGGCAAGGCACAUGGCUCCCGGUGCACUCCUUAUGGUGAGGAGCGCACACGGGGCACGGGCCUUCCUGUAUCCUGUCGUGGACCCUCGCGACCUCCGAGGGUUUGAGGUCCUCAGGGUGCACCAUCCGACAGACGAGGUCAUCAAUUCCGUGAUCAUAGCACGGAAGAUGCACCCAGCGUCUGUCGUUCACCAGUCCUACGACCAAAGUGUGGGGUCAGGAUCCGUCGCGCUUCCUAUCAAAUGUUCUUGUGUUGAGAUCCACACCUUGAAUAAUCCCUUCAACAAGGUGAGCAUUAUUGUUGAAGAAUUGGCAAUUGAUCAUGAAUAGGUUUGGCUUUUGCCUAUUUUUAUUUUUACCUAUGAUUCUAUUAUGUAUGGUCUUAGUUUGAUUUCAUGCAAGAAACUAUCUAUCUAUGC